GGGGCGGGAGCAGGCAGCUGGGGGCGUGGCCUUCGUUCCCCCAAACUCGAGUUCGUCUCCCAGAGCGGAAGCCGACCUCUCCCGCCCCGGAAGUGCAAGCUCUGGCGUCUUGCCGAUGUGGAUUUUGUGGGUGAGGGCGUCGCUUUCGAGAUGCCAGGCGCCGCGGCGAAGGUCUCGGAGUUGUCCGAGAGGAUCGAGAGCUUCGUGGAAACCCUGAAGCGGGGCGGCGGGCAGCGCAGCUCCGAGGACAUGGCUCGGGAGACCCUAGGACUACUACGGCGGAUCAUCACAGACCACCCCUGGGGCAACGCGGGGGAGCUGAUGGAGCUAAUCCGCAGAGAGGGCCAGAGAAUGACAGCGGCGCAGCCCUCAGAGACUACAGUGGGCAACAUGGUGCGGAGAGUGCUGAAGAUCAUUCGGGAGGAGUAUGGCAGACUCCACGGACGCAGCGAUGAGAGCGAUCAGCAGGAGUCCCUGCACAAGCUCUUGACAUCCGGAGGCCUGAGUGAGGAUUUCAGCUUCUAUUAUGCCCAACUCCAGUCCAAUAUCAUCGAGGCAAUUAAUGAGCUGCUGGUGGAGCUGGAAGGGACAACGGAGAACAUUGCAGCCCAGGCUCUGGAGCAUAUCCACUCCAAUGAGGUGAUCAUGACCAUUGGCUACUCCCGAACAGUAGAGGCCUUCCUCAAAGAGGCUGCCCGAAAGCGGAAAUUCCAUGUCAUUGUGGCAGAGUGUGCUCCUUUCUGCCAGGGUCAUGAAAUGGCCAUCAAUUUGUCCAAAGCAGGUAUUGAGACAACUGUCAUGACUGAUGCUGCCAUUUUUGCUGUUAUGUCAAGAGUCAACAAGGUAAUCACUGGCACAAAGACCAUCCUGGCCAACGGUGCCCUGAGAGCUGUGACAGGAACUCACACUCUAGCACUGGCAGCAAAACACCAUUCCACCCCACUCAUCGUCUGUGCUCCCAUGUUCAAGCUUUCCCCACAGUUUGCCAAUGAAGAAGAUUCAUUUCACAAGUUUGUGGCUCCUGAAGAAGUCCUGCCUUUCACAGAAGGGGACAUUCUGGAGAAGGUCAGCGUUCACUGCCCUGUGUUUGACUACGUCCCCCCAGAGCUCAUUACCCUCUUUAUCUCCAACAUUGGUGGGAAUGCACCUUCCUACAUCUACCGCCUGAUGAGUGAACUCUACCAUCCUGAUGAUCAUGUCCUGUGACCGCCACUUAUCCUAAGCAGGGGUUGCUUAGGCAAACACAGAAUGGAGAGACUUCAGUGCUACUGCUGAAAUACAUCCUCCUUGUAAAGGGGAACUGAACUGGAGUCAACCUAAAAGAAACUGGAUACUUUUCCUGCCUUUUCAGUCGUCCUCAAACAAGGGCACACAUCCAAGACUGUUUUUUGCCUUUCAGAUCUUAACACAGCAGCAGGGCUUGACCUAUUGAUUUUGGAGCCUCUAAGUGGCAUGGUCGCGUCUGCAUCAGGAACUUAAGCUUUCUGGUUCAGUGAUAUGUUAUGUUAAACAUAACACUGAAUAUCUUGCUGUGGGAUAGAGAUUUUUGCUCAGAAAUGGCUACCACACCUUUUCCAAGGUUCUGCCAAUAAAAGCUGCUUGAAGGUUCCUGAGUUGGUUUGUUUAUUGUCCUGCCCUGAUUGAACUGCUUGAAAUAGCAGCAGCAGCAGAGCCCUUAUGUGUUUUCACAGAGGCUGUAAUUAGAUUUACUAAGUCUAAAAUAUAGGACUACAAAUGACAGUAUUUGCAGUUUCCUUUAUAAUUCACUGGAAAUGACCCCAGACAGCUUGUUAGUACAUGGUUCCAAAAUCUCUCUGAUGUUCAAAAUCACCUACAGAACUUUAAAAAAAAAAAAAUACAGAAUCUUGGGCUUCCUCCCAGACCUGCUGCAUCAGAUCCCUGAGAUGCUGUCUGGAAAUCUGUAUGUUUAAAGCUCCCCAGAAAAGGACCCUAUCGUGGACUGCUAAUAGGACUAUAAAUUGGGACACCCUUUUCAGAGGGUAGUUUGGAGCUUAUAUUUCUAGAGUUACCUGUGCAAGUAUACAAAGACAUAUAUACAAGAAUGUUCAGUGCAGAUGCUAAUGUCCCAGUCUUAAGUGUCCAACAAUGAGGGGAAGGUUAAGUAUGACAUUUAUACUGUGGAACAUUAUGUAUACAAUGUAAAAGAAGUUUUCAAAAGGAUGGCUUGAGGGCAAUAUCUGAAGACUUCUGGCUGAUUGACCCAGUAUUUAACUUGAAUUAGUUACCAAUAUUUAAAAAUCUGGAGAUUGCAUGUUAAAAAGAAAAUUCAGAUUUCUUGCUUCUUUUGAAAACUCAGAAGACUUGGCAACUCUGGGCACAUUCCCAAACGGCAGCAGUUGACUGCAGGUCAGUAGCUUCUGAUUCCAUGUAGGCAUUUGAGUUUGUGACCCUUGUGUUAAAAGAAUGGGAUUUAUAAGGGAAUCCAUUUUAUAAUUGUUGACUAAAAACAAACUGGAAAAAAGGCAAGCUGUAAUGUACAUAAUGUGACCUUAUUUUCAUUGAAAUAAAACUAUAUAUGCAUAAAGUAUUACAGUAACACCAAGAAGUGGCAAGGAGGGGGACAUCUAAUUUUAAUACUUUUCUAUUUCGUUCCUUUUUCGUGUGUAUUGCUUUAGUAACUACAGCUUAACUGAAAAGGCUCCCCAGGUGAUCUAGGUGUUCUCUCAUGUUUGGGAGCUAGUGGUCUGAAGCAGAAGUCCAAGGCGGGGCACCUUGUUUCCAAGUAGAAUCCCUGGGAUGCUUGUCUCCAAGGCUGGCUUCCUGCCUCUUUUGGCAGUGUCUGCAGUGAAGGGAGGGGGCACCAGGAAUCUGUGUGUGUAACAAACAUCGCAAGGGAUUCUAACAGGUGAUUUGUAACCACACUUUGAUAAACACUGGUCAGAGCUAGGUUAUGAGGGAAAGGCCUCUAUGACCUAUUUGAGAUAUGCAGAUCUUUGCCUUAUGGUUUUUUACUUCCUGAGAGAGGAAACAAGAUUGAAGAUGGUCAGUCUAAAAAGACUGGUCAAAAAGCCCUGACUCAGAAGGGUCUGACUCACUCAGGCCUCAGUCUGUCAAUUAUUUCUUAAAGCAGCUAAGACUCCACGAUUUCUCAGUGAAGUGGCUUAUAGCUACCAAUUACCAGCAAUUGUCUCCUCUGAAGGCACCAAUUCUAACAGCAGUUCCCUUGGGUCCCAUUGUGUGGUUUAGAGUAAGAGCAGCAGUGAGUCAAGGAACUUAAUUCUGUUCAUGGCUCCAAGAUUGCUUUAUGAUACUUGUCCUUUGGGCGUCUUUGUCUGUGUCUAAAAUUAGCACCAACAUCCUUCCCAGGCAUAACUGAGAUGAAUGAAGGUUAUAAGGGUAGAGAUUUGUCUCUUUUUGGUCAACUCUUAGAACACCUAGAACAGGUGGUGGUGGUUGUUAGUUGUCAAGUUGAUUCUGACUCAUGGUGACCCCCGGUGUUAAAGAAUAGAACUGCUCCAUAGGGUUUUCUUGGCUGUCAUCUUAACACAAGAUUGCCAGGCCUUUUCUUUCAUGGUACCACUGGGUGGGUUUGAACCGCCAACCUUUAGGUUAGCAGUCGAGUGCAAACCAUUUGGACCAGAAGAACUGCACAAAUGCAUAUUCUAUAGAAUCUUUGGGGACUCAAAUACAUCUCACAAAAGCUAUUUAUAGGUGGUGUUUUUCUAUUUCCCUCUCUCCCAUUUUCCUGUUUGAGAAGGAGUAAAGAUUGAAAAGGGAGACCCUGAUCUGAACAGGGAGAGCCCGAGGUCUUCCAUGUUUACACACUCCGUAGCACCCUCUGUGCCUACUCCUGCCCUGCAGGCAAAGCAAACUAAACUCAGGAAAAGAAAAAAACUGCUGUAGCUUGGAGGAAAUUAAUGGAAAGGGGUCUCCGUGGAUGUGAAAGAGUCCCUGAAUAUGCUAAAUAAACCAAGUUAGAUAACUUACUCCACAGUUCAUAAAGACUCUUUUUACCACGGUUUGUAUCUUCAAGUUUGGGCGGAGGGCAGAAAAAGCAGAAUUCUUGGAACUCAAAUAAGGAACAGAAAUUCCUAAUUUAGCUUCAGAAAUACAGUCUUUGAAAAAUACUCCACCAAGAAAAACUUAAAUGUAAAGUGAUACCUCACAGAAAUAAGUGCCAGCACCCAUAUGAUCCUAAGUUUCACAGAUGUGCUUCAAAACAUUCCUCGGAGCAAUCUGUUGCAUUGGUCUUUGUGUUAAUGAAGGCUGCCAGUCACAGCUCCAUCACUGAGCUCUGGGACUCCAUAAUGCCACAUAUGUAGAAGUCAGUACAUCAGAAAUGCUUUGCCAUAAAAGAUAGCACCAGACGGUGAAGUAAUUAUUGUCAGUCCCCACACUGUCCGCCUGUCCUCGGAAAAACUCCCUCUGUAGACAUGCACCUACUUGACACAAAAGAGCUCUUCUGAAAUGCAGUUUGGAAAUGUUUUAUAUCUGGCCUACUUUGCUUUGAAUUAUUCUUUAUUCACGAAACAGCUGUUCCAGGAUAGUGUGCCAUGGCUAAG